GUCACCGGCUCUGUUUGCAAACACCCGGCAGCGGAGAGAGGUCGAGAGUUAGCGGCUGCACCCUGAGUCACAGUGUCAGAUGGAAGCACUUCCAUAACCAUACUGGUAUAGAGGCACUGUGAGGGGUCUACCUGAGACGGAGACUCUGGCUGAGUCACGCCCGGCGGCGCCAAUAGGAGAAAAUUAACUAAGUAGCAAGACAGACUGCCCGUCAUCUAUCAUCUCAAACUGUACUUCCACUUCCAACUUUAACACACUUCUCUCUCUCAAAUUCUUCUUUCAUCCAACUUUCCUAUCCCCAAUUCGUUCGUUCGUUCGCGGGCAGACUCAGCUGAGUGUUCGUUGCGAGUUGUUGUUACUACAACUAUGGCACGUACCAAGCAAACGGCUCGCAAGUCCACUGGUGGCAAGGCGCCCCGCAAGCAGCUUGCUACAAAAGCAGCUCGCAAGUCUGCUCCAGCCACUGGAGGUGUCAAGAAACCCCACCGUUACAGGCCUGGAACCGUUGCUCUCCGUGAGAUCCGCCGUUAUCAGAAGAGCACUGAGCUGCUUAUCAGGAAACUGCCUUUCCAGCGCCUGGUGCGUGAAAUUGCUCAGGAUUUCAAGACUGACCUCCGCUUCCAGUCCUCUGCUGUCAUGGCUCUCCAGGAAGCUUCCGAGGCUUACCUCGUGGGUCUGUUUGAGGAUACCAACCUGUGCGCCAUCCAUGCCAAGCGCGUGACUAUCAUGCCAAAGGACAUCCAACUGGCUCGUCGCAUCCGUGGCGAGCGUGCCUAAGAAGUCAUCCACGAAUGAUCUUCAUAACAGCAAUAUCUAGGCCCUUUUUAGGGCCAAACAUCUCUUUCAUUAAAGAAUUUUCAUAGACAAUCUGUUUGGUUUUGUGGAAGAAAAUAUUUAUUUUCCAUCUUUCAGUA